UAUCUGAUCGUACUUUGUCCCUCUUCUCUCCCCCUAGUAUGGUGUCAAAAAAUAACAAAAAGGAGGGGUCGGAAGUGUCAGUCAUGAAAACCGAAAGACAUAUUAAAAAAAGAAAACUGAAGGGUGGUAGAGCUAGUGUAGGAGAAGACUCAAAAUCUGUAAAAAUGGCCAGUUCGACUGAUGGUAAGCAAAGGACGAUGAUUUUGUCUGCAAUCACUGCGCUCCUCGCCCUCUGCGUGGCUCCUCUCACCGCUCAACUCGAUGUUUCUCACCCCCACCGGAGAGUCACUGCAUUGAAGAUGGAUGAGGCGUCCCUGAUGGUUCACAAUGAGCUGCUGAAUGAGACUCUGACACUGUCAUUUCUCUCUGACCACUGCUACCAGUGCCUAUUCCAGAUCUUGGGGACAGUACCAGCGAGUCAAGGGCCUGGUCUGCCCAGCUCAGCAAUGUUCGUUGUGAGCACACAGCAUCCCCUGUUUCUGCAGGUCAACAGUACCAUCUCAAACACAGAGCUGUGCAGUGUUCACUUUAGCUUUGGAGAGCAUGGAAAUUACUCCUUGUGGAUAAAAAAUCUCAGUGACGCAUCCAGGCACAUCACCUGUGCCAUUGUUACAGAUAAGGAGCCUGUGAACAGCAACUUGCCCAUUCUGGUUGCCUUCCUGGUGUAUACUGGAUUAGCUAUUCUUGUAGCCUUUGGAAGCUUCCUCAUGGGGAAAAGGCACAAGGGCAGUAUGGUGGCACAGUGGUUAGUGUUUUUGCCUGGGUUCAGUUUCUCCAAGCAGAUAGAGUACUAUCUGCUUGGAGUUGAGCUGGGGUCCCCUAGCAGAACAGUGGAAUACUCUGCCGAGGCAUCUGGCCCAGUACCCUCCAGUUCCAGACUGCGAUCUCUGGACACUUUUCGAGGGUUGUCCCUUGUGAUCAUGAUCUUCGUGAACUACGGAGGAGGAAGAUACUGGUUCUUCAGGCACGAAAGCUGGAAUGGACUAACAGUAGCAGACUUGGUCUUUCCCUGGUUCGUGUUCAUCAUGGGCACAUCAAUCACCCUGUCCCUGAGCUCUGCCCUGCGUCGCGGCUCUGGUCAGUUCCAGCUCUUCCAGAAGGUGCUGUGGAGGACGGUGCAGCUCUUCCUUAUUGGACUCCUUAUCAUUAACCCUAAUUAUUGCCAGGGCCCUUUUUCCAUAGACUCUCUCCGAAUACCAGGAGUCCUGCAGCGACUGGCUUUCACCUACUUGAUAGUGGCUGUUCUGGAAAUAAUGUUUGCCAAGCCCAAAGUAGAGAACAUCCCUACGGAUGUCUGGUGGUUCCCUGUCCAAGAGCUGGUGCUUUAUUGGCCAGCCUGGCUAUGCGUCAUUGUCCUGGAGGCGGUCUGGCUCUGUCUCACUUUCCUGCUCCCAGUCCCAAACUGCCCACUUGGCUACCUGGGACCAGGAGGAAUAGGAGACUUUGGUCAGUAUCCAAAUUGCACAGGAGGGGCAGCAGGAUACAUCGAUCACUUGCUCUUAGGCGAAAAUCACAUUUAUCAGAAUCCGUCUUCUCAUGUCCUCUACCAGUCCAGAGUGCCAUAUGAUCCAGAGGGGAUACUGGGGACCAUUAGUUCAGUUGUGAUGGCCUUUUUAGGACUGCAGGCUGGAAAGAUUCUUCUGCAUUACAAGGACCUCCACAUGACAGUCAUGGCCAGAUUUCUUAUGUGGAGCUUUGUGCUGGGGAUCGUUUCAGCCAUCUUGACCAAGUGUUCAAAAGACCACGGGUACAUUCCUGUGAACAAGAAUUUAUGGUCUUUUUCAUAUGUCACAACACUCAGUUGCUUUGCCUUUGUUGUUCUGCUCAUUAUCUACUACAUGGUAGAUGUGAGAAGGUGGUGGUCUGGAGCUCCCUUCUUUUACCCUGGCAUGAACUCCAUCCUGAUUUACGCUGGACAUGAAGUAUUUGCAGAUUACUUCCCCUUCAGAUGGAAAAUGACAGACACCCAGUCUCACGCUGAGCACCUGACUCAGAAUCUUGUGGCUACCUCUGUCUGGGUUCUCAUCUCCUACCUGCUCUACAGGAAGAAAAUCUUCUGGAAGAUUUAAUCAUGGAUACUGAAAAGACUUUUGGGCUUUGUCAGCCCAGCCAUUCUGGGAACAUUGACUGGGAAGCAGUGAUCUGGCUUGAUAUAAAAACUCACUGUCUUUAUCUUAAUUUGAUAGAAAAAGACACCAUAUCAUGUGGAACAAUGAAAUGUGAGGCCAUUGUUUAAAAUGUACAGCUGAAAUUUUGUAUUUUUGUAGAUCUUUCAAACUGAAAUUUUUACAUCACAAGGAAGUGUUCUGUAGCACAUGGCACAUAGUUAUAUUUGCCUUUUUUGUGCAUUUGUGUAUGAUAUUCCGUUCUGAAGGUUUUGCUGCCCAAAGGAGAACAGUGGCUGAACAACCCAGAUCUCGGCCUUGUUGUGCUCUUGAGCAUCACUGGGAUUGGGAGGACUUUGGAGAAGGAGAUUGGGAGCCAAGAAUCGUGUCCCCAUGUAUGUGUGUUCUAGAAAUGAAACAUGUAAGAUCUGGUGUACUUUUUAUUUGAAAGUUCUACCCAUAUCCCAAAGCUGGGGAAUCCUAGAACGGAGUAAGGACUAAGAUGAAACCAUAGAACCUAACAGUUUACGGGACUUCAGCUUCAAUUUUAUAAAUUAACUGCUGCUGAAACUAUUUCUAAAAAUCGAAGGUUUUAUUUUUUAUACUGUGCCAGGUUUUCUAUUUAUUAAACUGCACUAAUAGUACACGCAGUUCUAGUGUAAAGGUGUAAAGCAUACAAUGAGCUAUGAUAGAAAAUAAAAUAUCCUCUUGCUUAUACUAAUCUUUUAAAAAACUGUUACUAAGUUAAUGGUCAUCUUUAUUUCAAUGUUUCAUGUAAGAGUGAUAGUUUUAAAAUGUGUUACUUGCUGAAGUUUACCAUACAAGAUUUUAAUGCAAUACAGCUUUCAUUUGGCAUUGAAUAUGUGAAAGUCAAUUGUAUGAGGACAAACAUGGUUAAUGUGUAAACUCAAUAAUACACUGUGGAUUGGAAAAGUAAUUUGAAUAUGUGCAAUUUCAAGACACUUGAACUCUAAAGACAGCUGAAAUUUAAUUCUGUGCAUAUCCUCUAAUGGCAACAUUAAUUAACAAAUAAUAAUAAUAAUUCAAAAUGAGAUAAUGUACGAUAACAUUUUAAACUGAAAACGCAUAUUGUUCUUAGUCCAUUCAUUAUAUUUUCUCGCAUUCAUUAAUUUGGAAAUGUAUUUUUGCUUAUUUCUUAAAACUAUGGCACAGAAAGCACCAAAAAAAAUUCUGUCUCUGAAAAGAGAAGAUGUGAACUGAUAUUAAAGAGGAGAUAAAAGAUCAAUUUCUUAUAUAAAAACAUGAACAAUAAAAUACGCUUGUCAAUGGAAAAACUU